AUGACCUCGAAGCUCGACAGGGAAAUCAACAUGCUACUUUCCCCUAACCUAUCGAUGAGAAGCAGAAGCACACAAUCUCGGAACAGACGUGGAACAGGAGGUUCUAGUGCGGCAGCAAAGAAAAAGCGCAGGAGAUUUCGCAUCGAGAAGGUGGGAUGGAAAUACCUGAAGGAUUCUCAUCGCGACUGCAUCCAUGAUGCAGAAAAGGGGGCGGCUGCCCUUCACAAUCUUUCAGCGGCAGCACGGGAACACAUGCGCAACCUCCAGCAUGUACUCACAAUCGUAACUAGGAAGUACCCCAACCUAGAAAGCUGUGUCUCCUCAAUCAUGGACAGCCAAGAAGAGUUGUUCAACCAGAUGAGCGAGUGCAAGAGGCGUCUAUCAAGCAUCCGCACGGGGCUCGAGGUUGCCAAGAGCUUGGUGGAGGUUCUGGGCCCAGGGGAGGAGGUCGAUGUGGAAGGGGAUGAGUAG